GUCGCUGCCCUCGUUGUUGUUUCAUUCGGUGUGGCUGUUGCAACUGUUACAGACUUAGAGUUCAACGUGUUCGGUGCUUGUAUAGCAAUCUCAUGGAUAGUUCCAAGCGCCAUUAACAAGAUAUUGUGGUCUAGUUUGCAGCAGCAGGGGAAUUGGACAGCUCUAGCUAGGUUGAUGUGGAAGACAACCCCAGUGACAGUCUUCUUCUUGGUAACACUCAUGCCAUGGUUAGACCCUCCAGGAGUGUUGUCUUUCAAGUGGGACGCCACAAACAUAACCGCGAUAAUGAUAUCAGCUUUGCUCGGGUUCCUUUUGCAAUGGUCGGGAGCUCUGGCACUCGGGGCAACUUCAGCAACAUCACACGUGGUGCUCGGGCAGUUUAAGACGUGCGUUAUCCUCCUGGGAGGGUAUAUGCUGUUCGGUUCUGAUCCAGGAUUUGUGAGCAUUGUUGGUGCUGUGAUGGCCCUUUCCGGGAUGUCUGUCUACACGUCACUUAAUCUGAGGGAGUCGCGCAACAAGGCGGCUCUGCUUCCCAACCAUAACUUAUCGUCCGCUACCAAAACCAAAAGUGAGCAAGACAAACCAUUACUCGUCGAGGAUAAACCACCCAUUGCACAACCCCUUUGCAACUCAUCUUCUCCUUUCUUGUUUUCUGACAUGUUUUUGAGGCUUUUCAUGUAUGAGCUCAACUCAAAUAUUACUUGAUUUUCAUCUACAUUUGUACAGAUUUUAGCAGUAAACAACAUCAAUCUCUAUGUAGUUGUUACUAUAAUAUUAUUCAGCAAGAUAAAGGUGUAAUAAUAUCCAUUUUCAUACAACAA